AUGUUGAGGAAUCGAAUUGAAGAGAGUGUGAAGUUGAUUCUUAUCGACUUUUAUCACGAAAGCUCCUUUCAUCAUCACCACCAUCAUCAAAGUACCAACCAUCAGAACAAAUUAUUUCUCCUGUUAAAACGUCGAAUGCAAUCCAUGUCGCCUCUCACCUAUGUGUGCAUGCGAUUACUGCCUCAAACAAGACAUUUCAAUUUGUAUCAAGAUGAUAAUGACGAAUGUGAAGAGAAUUAUGAAAGAUAUCCAUGUCAACAAUCGUGCUCUUCCACUAUUGAGCCACAUUUUCUCAAUGCAAAACAAUAUCAAGUGUUGGAAUUUGUUUCUCACAAACUCUUUGCAAUGUUUGAGAAGCAGAUGAAUCAUCAUUCUCCUUCAUGCAUGGAACAGAUUCUUCUAAAUUCCUCCUCCUCCUCUCAGUUGAAAUCAACCACUCUCCAACAAACACUCACCAAUAGUGGAUUCUUUCAAAACAUGUCCAUUUCCAAACGACAUACAUUACCAAACAAACAAGAUUAUUUGAGAGUCAAUCUAUGGAUUGCUCUUUCCUCCAUUGGUGAUGAAGUUGAUGAAGAUGCCAAAAGUCCCUAUCCUCUUCAGGUAUUCAUUCAAUUUGCAAAAUUUAUGUUGGAAUGGAAUCGGGAUGGUUUCAUUCAUUGUUAUGAGAUGGGUUUCAAUGGAGAGAUGAAUGAGCUUGAGAAUUUGUGUUGUUGUUGUUGUUGUACUACUCAUAAGGCCCAUGUUCAGAACAUGAGGAUUUCCCGUUUGAGGAGAGAGGAACAAGUGAUCCUGAAGAAAACUUUGGUUAUUUCUCGUUCAUCGGAAGAGAGUCGUCGAGUCUUGUUGAAUGGAAUUGGUUCUUUCUGUACGAGAUGGAAUUCAAGUAUGAACUAUGAUGAAGACAAGUGCAAUAGUGGACAUUUCGGAAUGGCCUUUGUGGAGGAAAUGAAAAGGAUGAAACUAUUAAAUCGCUUACAUUUAAGGAAAAAAGAAGAUCGGGAGAAAGAGAAAAAGGAUUCAAACAUGUUGGUGGUUGAGAAAUGGUAUGAUUCAAUCUUGGAAUGUAUUGCUUUACGAAAGGAAUUGCCUUUGAAAUUUCUUCUUCCUUUGGAUUUCUUCUAUUUGUAUGAUAAGAUGUUCACGAAUUUUGUAAAGUUUUCAAAUGAUUCCAACAGCAAAACACUUCAUCAACAAGAAGAAGAAGAAUCAUCACUUACUCUCUCAACGAUGAGGAAAAGAGAUUUUCAUGAAGAGAAUUCAACUACUCCGAGAAAAGAUGAAUUGGAACAACAGAAUGGGUCGUGGAGAGAAAGUUUGAAAAAGAUUUCAAAACAAGUACUCUAUGGUGAUGGAGAUUUGAGUGAGGGAGGAAUGGAUAGAGAGACAGGUUUUUACAUUCUUACAAUCUCGAGAGAAUAUUCAGAAAUAUCUUCCUUUUACGCUUUUGUUCAUUUUUUAAUUACUCAAAAUGGAAAACGUCACUUUUUAAUCGACGAAAUGUUGAGUGUACUUCAAUUCAUGAAAAGUGUCCUUCUCACCAACCUUUUUGAAUGGUCCAAUGCUUCUCAACCCAAAAAUCGACAAAGCAGAGAGUGUUGGAUUCAAGGAACCGAAUGGAAGGAAGUCAUUCUUAACAAAUACCACCAACUCAUUGAAGAACAAUUGAAGAUUCGAUCGAGACUUUCACUCACCACAAAACCAAUACUUUACAAUGUGAAAGAGUGGCACUCCAUGAUGGAACGAUUGAGAAGAGAGGAUAAAUGGCUUUAUGAAUGUAUCAUACAUUCUCUCAUGGAUCAUGAUCAAAUGUAA